AUGAAUAACCAAAGAGAAAACCUCUCAGAACCAAAUCUGGUUAAGAACUCAAGAAGACAACAGUCGAAAGGUAGUGGAACACUACAGCAGAACAAUUCAUACCCAGUUACAAGAAUCCAAAAAGCUGAUCCAUGUGGUCAUUGUCCAAAAGAGUGGAUUACACACUCCAACAACUGCUAUUACAUUAGCACUGAAGGAAAACCAUGGAAUGAGAGUUUGAUGUUCUGUGCUUCCAAAAACUCUACCCUGAUCUCCAUAGAUGAAGAGGACAUGUAUUUGUUGCACUUCUUCCUUCCAUCUUCAUGGAUUAGAAGCUCCCAGAGAAUCAAUAAUAAUUCAUCUGUGUGGCCAAAAGGCACAACUUUCUUCUCCAAAACACCAGCAGUAUCUUCAGAGAGUGACAAGAAUUGUACAUUUUUCAUCUUCAGUUCAAAGAUAAUAUCUAAUGAAUAUUGCUUAGAAUUAAGACCAUAUGUUUGUAAGCACCAGAAGUUAGUUACCUAAUUUGGGGAUAACGCUCUGUCACCAUCUAAAGAACUAUCUAAUUCCUCCAAAAACA